AUGUGGAAUGUCGACACCGCUCGCCUGAUCAACAUUCACAUCCUGGAUCCAGUCAGCUGCGAGUCAGUCACACACAUUGUGCCUCCACCUAUUUCAAUGAGAAUUUACGAGGCCAUUCAGGCUGAAUUGCCUUUCUUCGCCGUCGAAGAGCAAAUCGAUAACCGCCUGGACGGAGAUGAUUUCGAUCAUGUAAAGUCUGUCAGCAAGAUGGACGAGGGAAAGGGGAUUACUUACGAACCUUACUUGGAUCCUAAUCAGCCUGCUAUGUGUAGUAGCUGUGAGAGGAGACUGUGCGAUUGCGUGUAA